AUGGCUUCUCAUCACCGAAGUGAGAGUGAAUCGAGCUAUGACUUCGUUUCACGGGACGAUGAAUCUGAAGAGUUAUUGAAUCAAAAAGAGGAAGAGAAAAAGAAAGAAGAAGACGAUUCGUCGGAUAUCCUCAGUUUCGACGGAAAUGUUUCUUCUGAACAUUCUGAUGAAUUCAACAAUUUUGAAGAAGAAGGAUCUGAUGAAGAAGAAAAUGUCUUGGAACUGGAAAAUGAUGAGACUGAGACUUCUGGGCAAUCCGAGGACUCAUCUAUUCAGAACGUUCAAGAAGUGGGGGAACGUGUUGGAGAUCCAAUUGAACCUUCAAUUGAAGUUCCAAAAAUCAUGGAAAAUUCAAUCGAAACGAUUUUCGAGGAUAAUCAAGAGGAUAAAGAAAAACAAGAAAUAAUACAUCAAAACCAAGAAAACGAAAAAAAUUCGGAUACGAGAGCUGAACAUGAACCGGAAAUAUUAACUACUGAUCCACUGGGUGCUAUUGAAACUUCGAUUCUGAGCCCGGCGACAUCUGCAGUCAAAGACGAGAAUGUGACUGCUCAGCCUUCAAUCGACUCGACUGUUUUAGCUGAAAUUAACCAACUGCGCAAUGAAAUUGCUGAAAUGAAAAAAACUCAAGCUGGACAAGCCAAGAAGAUUACCGAAUUUCAAAAGAAAUUCGACAUUCAACAGAGAGCAGAACGCGAGAAAGAGCUGAAGCGUUAUUCUUCAAUUCAAACGGCAAUUCGUGGUGAAUGGCGUCUUCUGAACUUGGAAGGGCAGAAUGAAACCAUGAAAAGUGAUGGACUUUCGUUUCCGAAUCGUGUGAAAACUCUUGUUGCGAACACUGUUUAUGACUUCGAUGGCUCUAAACUGACAUCAUUCCACCGUCUCUUUUGUAAAAGUUUCGGUCAUUCUUCACUGAAAUUCGGUGUCGAUAAAUCCAGCGGGAUUAUAUUUUCGAACACUUUCAUGAGAGGAAACAUGUUGAUCACGGUUUGGAAAGAUGACAGGGGAAUCUAUCAUGAGAAGAAGGAGAGAUAUGUUCAAGAUGGACAGCUCUACGUUUCUCAUAUCAAUCGAUUCGGAGAGAGAACAACAAGUGUCUACGAGAGAGUCAAGUCUAAAUCCGACAUGUUGUACUCCAUUGGAAACGCCGGUCGUCUUUAUCUGAAGUUUUGGUGA